AUGGGAAAGACAAAUCUCGAAUUGGUGCAUGAAUGCGACAAAUUCCCAUACUAUGAAGAUGACCGGGCCUUCUAUGCGGCUCACCUCAAGAACUUCCACGCUUUCAAGGUAUCCGGUUGUGAUUCUGUCCUCGGAUACAUCCUCAAUUCAGUAGUGGAAAAAUUCUACUGGCCCGAAGACUGCUGGAGCAUCGACUCUACAAACCAGACCGUCACACUCGUCACCCCUCCCGACGCGACAGCCGAUCAGCGAAGUCAGCUAGUUGCCAAAACUCUUGACGAAGCAGUCAAGAGGGGCACGUUCGAGAUCCUGAAAGGAUGGCGAAACGAGCUGUACCCCGUCUACGGUCCGGGCGGGGAGUUCCUCCUGGAAAUGGAACGGAGCGCAAGCCCGCUCUUCGGCAUCGUCUCGUACGGUAUCCACGGUACUUGCUAUGUUGAGGACGAGAAUGGGCUGCGCAUCUGGAUCCCGAGACGGUCCCGCACGAAACAGACAUAUCCUAGCAUGCUCGACAACACCGUGGCCGGGGGGAUGAGCACGGGUGAGAAGCCGUAUGAAUGCCUCAUCCGUGAGGCAAUGGAAGAAGCCUCUCUCCCCGAGGACGUCAUGAGGAAGACUGCUAUCUCCGUCGGAUGUGUUACGUAUUUCUAUGUGCGGGAUUCGCGAGCCGGCGGUGAAACCGACCUUCUACAGCCCGAGGUAGAGUACGUCUACGACAUGAAGCUCAGCGCCGAUAUCAUUCCCAAGCCUGGGGAUUCGGAAGUCGAGGAAUUCAAUCUCUAUACCGUCGAGGAAACAAAGAAAGCCCUGGCGAAUGGAGAGUUCAAGCCCAACUGCGCUGUUGUCUUGAUCGAUUUCUUCAUCAGGCACGGUAUCCUGACGCCUGAAAACGAGCCUGACUACAUGGAGAUUGUCGCACGGAUCCACCGUCGCUUGGAGUACCCAACAGCAUCGCAUGCCACGAAGUGA